GAAUCACUCUAUCUAUUGAAAAACCUGCAUUAAAAUCCGUUGGGUAGUUUUAAAUAUUUAAGCAUACAUAGGGAUAGACAACGGGAAGCGGCUUUGUUCUAUACUAUGUGAUGAUAUAUAUUUCAUGUCUCGAAAGCUUGACAUAUAACAAAGAGUUUUAUUUGUAACAGCCUAGCUAUUGACUGCAACCUCACAAAUUGAUUCGAUUAAUAGUCAAUCCAGUCACUAAUACUUUUGCCAUGUUGUUUUUCUGUAUGUGAAAUGUGACUACAGAACACUUUGAAUCAACAAGUGUUCUAUCUGUGGUUUGUGCCUGUGUUUCUGUCAAAGAUCAUUUGGUUCCGUGUUCCUUAUUCAAAUGAGAACAAAAAAGUGGUUUCAAAUUUGAAAAUGAAAUAUUCAUGUUCCCAUUAAACUAUUAAACAUUAAUGGAUCUCACACAGAGUAACCAUGAAUAUGGAAGUACCUCCAAUAAUCAAAUUAGAUGAAGACGUAAUAAAUCGCAUUGCUGCUGGAGAAGUUGUGCAACGCCCUGCAAAUGCUUUAAAAGAACUAAUUGAAAAUAGCCUCGAUGCUGAAGCUACAAACAUACAAAUCACUAUUAAAGACGGAGGAAUGAAGUUACUUCAGAUUCAAGAUAAUGGUACUGGAAUAAGAAAAGAAGAUUUUGAAAUAGUUUGUGAACGUUUUACAACCUCAAAGCUGAAGGAAUUUGAAGAUCUACAUAAAAUAUCAACAUAUGGAUUUAGAGGCGAAGCUUUGGCUAGCAUUUCUCAUAUUGCCCACUUGACUAUAAUUUCAAAAACUAAGAAGGAUAUUUGUGCUUAUCAUUUCAGAGCACAUUUCAUAGAUAGUAAGCUGCAAGGUAAUCCUAAACCUACAGCUGGUAACCAGGGAACUAUAAUAACUGUUGAAGAUUUGUUUUAUAAUAUGAUGGUGAGAAAAAGAUCGUUGAGGUCUCCUGCAGAAGAAUAUCAGAAAAUUUCGGAAGUUGUCAGCAAAUAUGCUAUUCAUAAUGCUAGAGUUGGUUUUGCCUUGAAAAAAGCUGGCGAGAGCAAUGAUAUAAGAACUCCACAAAAUUCAUCACAUAUUGAUAACAUCAGAACCAUAUAUGGAAAUGCAAUAGCCCGAGAACUGAUUGAUUUUUCAUUAGAAAAUGAACCUUUCAAAUUCAAAGUGAAAGGAUACAUAACAAAUGUUAAUUAUUCAACAAAAAAAUUUCAGUUCUUAUUAUUUAUCAACCACAGAUUGGUUGACUGUCAAAGUUUGAAAAAAUGCAUUGAUCGAGUCUAUACAACAUAUUUACCCAAAAACACUCAUCCUUUUGUUUAUUUGAGUCUUGAAUUGGAACCAUCCAAUAUUGAUGUAAACGUACACCCUACAAAGCAUGAGGUCCAUUUUUUAAAUGAAGAGCAAAUAGUUGAAUGUAUUACAAGUGCUUUGGAGACAAAGUUACUAGGAUCAAACAACUCUCGCAGUUUUUUCACACAGGCAAAAUUACCAAAAUCACUACAAAUAGAAGCUAUCGAGUUUAAAAGAGACGAAAGUGAUACUUCAACUAAGCAGAUUAAGCCCAAUUCUAUAGUCAGAACAGAUGCUCGAGAACAAAAGUUGGAGAAAUUUUUUGGUGAACCUUCAAGCAAAAAAGUUGAAGAUAUUAAAGAAAAAAAUCCUAAUGAAUCUCUCACAGAAGAAGAAUACCAAAAACAUAACGAGUCAUUCUUAAAAAGAACAGAAAAUUUAGAAAGUAAGAUUUUGAACAAAACGGAGGAUAUUUUUACUGAUCCAGAAAUAGAAUAUAUUGAACAAAAAAAGGAGCAAAUUGAAGAAAUACAAGAAAAGUCGAAAGACAAGUGUUCAACCAAGCAACAGACUACUAAUAAACCACUUACAACUGAUUUCAUAAAAAAAAUCACAAGAGUUGAAACUAAAUUAACUAGUGUCCUACAGUUAAGAAAAGAAAUUGAAGACACAUGCCACAGAGCAUUAAGAGAAAGUUUUUCCCAGCAUGUUUUUGUUGGUGCCAUAAAUCCAUCUCAAGCGCUGAUCCAGUACAGUACUAAACUGUUCCUUUGUAACACAAAGACCAUUCUGAUGGAGCUGUUCUACCAGUUCAUUAUGUACAACUUUCAGAAUUUAGACACAUACAUAUUUUCAAAUAAAAUUUCACUUUAUGAAUUAUCAUUAAUUUGCUUGGAGUUACCUGAGGCUGGAUGGACACCAGAAGAUGGAGACAAAAGUGAACUUGCAAAGCGUAUUACAACAGUUUUGUCUGACAAAGCGCCAAUGCUCCUUGAUUACUUUUCAAUAAAUAUUGAUGAGUCAGGAAAUAUCUGUAGCAUACCCAUUUUGCUUGAUGAAUAUAUGCCGGAUCCUAAAGCUCUUCCAAUGUACAUUGUACGAUUAGCUACUGAAGUGAAUUGGGAUUCAGAAAAGGAAUGCUUCCAAACAUUUGCUCGUGAAACUGCGCAGUUUUAUGCAGAAGUAUCUGAAGAGCCUAAUCAAACUGGGAAAGAUUGGCGAUGGGUUACUGAACAUGUGCUCUAUCCUGCCAUAAAAGAGUAUUUCAUUCCUCCAAAAAGCUUUAUAGAAAAUGCAGCCAUUCUGGAAAUAACAAGUCUUCCGAAUUUGUACAAAGUAUUUGAAAGAUGUUAGUUAGGUUUUGCAUAUUGUUAAUAAAAUAUCAGUUGAAAAAUAACAUUUAUUCAUUUUUUGGUUGUAUAAAA